UUUACAACACGCGAAUGAGCGAGCGUGGGAAGAGUCUGUGCGCUUGUAAAUGUUUUCAGGGGAUUUAAAAAAGGAAGAAAGAAAAAACCCGUAAGAAACUAGUCUGAGCGAACUUUACAGAAAGCCACUGUUGAGUUUUGAAUCUCGUAGCAGUGAAUAAUGUCGCCAUACAAUAGGGGAGAGCUCCGCUGGAGCAGAUAAGUGAAGGAGACACAAAGUUCAAGAGGAGGGAGGCAGUGAAGCUGUUCGACAGAGACGGAUAAUACUUGUCACAGACAGACAAAAGACAUCAUGUCCAUCUCCACAAAACACGAAAGAACUGUAUGUGUUUUUCUCCCCAACAAGGAGCAGCUGGACAUCACUUUAGGGCUGAAGUCCACAGGGCAGGAUGUUUUCAACCGUGUGACAGAAAUGUUAGGAGUCAAAGAGCUGCACUUCUUUGGUCUCACAGUGGUGAAAGAUAAUGAGCACAUAUUUAUAGACAUGGAGGAGAAACUGGGCAAGUACUUUCCUAAAGAGUGGAAGCAAGAGCCAGGAAAGGGAUUGCACAAGAGACCUUUGCCUCUAGUUCUCUUUCUAAAAGUGCAGUACUACGUAGAAAAUGGCAGGCUCAUUUGCGAACGUAAGGCACGACAUUUAUACUACUCUGACUUGAGGGAGCGGGUACUGCGUUCUGAAUGCCGUCAGCAGGAGGAGGUGUACUUCCAACUGGCAGGUUACGCCUUGCAGGCUGACCUUGGUGAUCACCCGCUGCCAAGGGAUAAUAUGGAGAUCAGCGCUUACUUUGAACCCAAGAAGUACUUCCCACCCUGGAUUAUAGCCAAGCGAGGAAUUGACUAUCUCGUCUGCCAUGGGCCCAAAGUACAUCAGGACCUGUGGGGCAUGUCUGCUCGUGAUGCUGUCCUGCUCUUUAUCAGGGAAGCAUGUCGACUGGAGGAUGUUCCUGUCACAUUUUACAAACUUCAGAAGGACAAAAAGGCAGAGAGAGGAAUCGCUCUGCUCGGUCUGACCCUGAGGGGAAUGCAGGUUUAUCAGGAGGUGAACAACAUACGACAGCUGCUGUAUGACUUCCCCUGGUCACAUGUGGGACGGCUCACCUUCCUGGGUAAGAAAUUUGAGAUUCAGCCAGAUGGCUUGCCAUCAGCCAGGAAGCUUGUCUACUACACUGGAUCAUCGUUCCGCUCUCGCCACCUCCUGCUGCACCUGAGCUGCAGCCACCGCCUCUACCUCAGCCUGCAGCCAGCCCUCAGACACCUACGCCAUCUGGAGGAGAGCGAAGAGAAAAAGCGUUACAGAGAGUCCUACAUCAGUGAUGACCUGGACCUGGAUCCCCCAGGCAGUGAGAGCAGCCCUGGUCUGUCCCGACGCUCCACCAGCAGCUCUGGAAUCGAGGCAGACACCCGCCAACACAGUCUUUCUGCAGACAUUGCCUCCAUGGACGAACAAGGUCCGCAGCAAGAAGAGAAGUCUUUCACCUCUACAGCCAGCCACGACAGCUUGUGCACAUCUGGCAGUGACACAGGAGCGAAAACUCCAAUAGAAAAUAAGGAAGAGAUUGAGAAAAAUGCUGCAACUCCAACAGAGGUUCUAGUGGAUGAUCCUGAUGUGAUGUUUCGGUUGGCUGAUCUUCUUGAAGGCAUGUCUGUGGAUCACCCAGAAUGCUCCUCAGAGAAACACUUAUCAGGAAGCCAAGUGUGUCCCUCAGAUGAAGAAUCAGGAAAAUGUCAUAGCAGUGACGUGUUAAACCAGACACAUAAAUCAAGGUCACAUAUCUGUGUGGAUCGGCACAGCCAGAGUCUUGAUGACGUCAGUCUCCUCCCACCUCCUGCAGCCCUAGGAAUGACAAAACUGCCUGACUCCUCCCACAGCUACAGCUUUGGGCUCCCAGAUGCCUCAAUAAACACAAGAACAUCUGUAGAGGUUGGCUAUUAUCCCCCUUUGCACUGCCAAGACAAACCUUCUUUCUACGGCCGCAGGUCCACCAACUGCCUCAACCUGGACCUGAUCGGAGAUGAACAGUUACUGGAAUUCAUUCUUUGAAUAUGUUGUCAUCUUUGUCUUUCAGUGCAGCAUGAAUGUAAAUGUUUGCAGGUGUUGACAAUUCUGAUCAAAGUUACAAAUGGAUCCCUCAUUGCUUGUAGUAUUUUAUCAUCUUCAUAUAGGUUAUAUAAGGUGUACAUUACAAAUCAGACCUAGUGCAGCAAUGUGGACAUAUUUAUUGAUGUAAUUAUUGUACAUUGUGUACAUAUGACUCAAACUGUUUUAUGUUUCAACUUAUGAGCAAAAUGUUUUCAGUUUUGCUUUAUUUGUAAAGUUGACCGUUUAAAAAUUUCUUUAGUUUUUAAAUAAGUUGAUGUUGAGGGUGUAUACUUUGAUGGUGAAUUUGUUUGUGAUUUUGUACUUUAGGCCAUGCUGUCACAUGCUGCAUUCAUUAGAUGGCAGUUUGUUGAUAUCAACAAAUCAAUUUUACCGGUUUUAUUUAGUAAAGUGUGCAAAAGCCACAGUGCUAAUGGUUAUACUCCUUUAUUCUUUUGUAUGAAAUAGUUUUAUAAUACAAUAUAUUUUUAUAGACUGUGCUCUUUAAUGCAUUUUGUACUAUGUAAUUGCUGGUGUGAACUGUUAUUGCAUGUG